CACGCACCGGCAGCCGCAGCAAGCCAGCAACCGCUCUCUCUCUCUCUCAGAUGAGAAGAAGAACCGUCGCGGCUUUUCGCCGUGUCCGCGUAGGAGAUCAAAUUCAAGGAGGGAGUAGGUUUGCACAAAACACGCGCCCCAACCGUAGUCGUCUCGCCACGGGCGGAUCAGAUUACCAGAAAUUACUCGCGGGGGCCAGAGGAAAGUUACUCGCGGCUUGGGUUUGGUUCGGUUGGGUGGGCGAAGCGAGCGCAAGACGAACUCCCCCUCCUCUUCUGCUGCUGGCUUGCUACCGACGCCGCCGGGCGCCGGACGAACGACGGAGAAGGGCUCGCAGGGAGGAGGGACACCGAACACUUGCAGCGGCUGCAGCUGCAAUGGACCGAGGGGUGGAGGUGAUGGGGUGCGUCUGCCGGAUCAAGAACUGCGCCGUCGAGCUGCUGGCGAUGAAGGAGGAUCUGGUGAUUGGUAUGGACGACGACGACAGGGACUUGUUCUGGGGGGAUCUCCGGCUGAAGACCACCUUCCUUUACAUUGAUCUGAGCCGCGUGAUCUCCUCCGGCGAGAGCGAUGAACGCAGGGAGGCGCUGACCCUGCUCACCAAUAAGCUCUUCUACUUCUUGGAAGAGCUGACCGAUGCGCUGACGAGCGGAGGAAGCGUCUCCUUCACGAAGCUGUGCUACGGCGACGCCGCUCAGGCUCUCCGUGAGGUCGUCGCCUUCCUCGCGCCGCCGCAGUAGCUACCCUGCAUGGUGGGCCCAUGACCCCAGCGCUGCACUGCAAAUCUGAUGCUCUGGAAGAGGAGGGAGAGGCAGAGGCACUUGCAAAGGCAUGAAAACUACCUAAAAAACUUAAUUCUUGUCGAACGAUGAGCGAGUCUAUGACUCGUGUAAGCGUGUAUGUGAGAUGAGCUCGAUCACCUGUGUACAUGCAUGAUGAGAGCGUAUCCAGUUUGGAGCAAAGUAAGAAGAUACUCAUCCCCUCUCCAGCAAAAAAUUCAACACAUCUGUUUUUUUUUUUUGGCUCUUGAAUUUGUCUGCCUCUGCUUGCUUGAUAACAAAGCGUAGGGUGUAUAGUUUUAUGGAGUUCACGUCUUAGACGAGUUACUCAUAUGAUCUGAGCAUCUGACACGGAACGGCACGAUUAUUUGCCCCACAUCUCUAUAAAUACAU